AUGGCCGCUAACCCAGCCCCGACUACCAAUGGUAACCACAACCGCCGCCUUCAAGUCGUUAUUGUUGGCGGAGGUCUAGGUGGCCUCUCCGUAGGACUCUUACUGCGCGAGUUUGCAGAUGUCACUAUCCUUGAGAGUGCCGCCAUUCUCAGCGAGAUUGGGGCAGCCGUUCAGAUUGCCCCGAACUCACACCGUAUCCUCAAAGCUCAUGGCUGCGACUUGAUGGUCGACGGCGACGGCAAUCUUACCUCUGCCCUGAAGGUCGAUGCCAAGGAGAUGUCUGGCAUUGAGUGGGCACAAUGCCACCGUGGAGACCUCCAGACGGAGAUCUACAAACACGCCGUCGACCCUAAUGGCCCGGGGACCCCAUGCAAGGUCAUUUGCGGCGCUCGCGUUACAAGUGCAGACGCCGAGAAUGCCAGUGUGACGUUGGCCAACGGCGAUGUCUAUCACGGUGACCUUCUCAUUGGGGCCGACGGCCUGCGCUCGGUUGUGCGACGCGCUGUGGUCAGCGAGGACGCCAAGUCAACCCCGUCGGGAUACUCUGCCUACCGUGGCCUCCUUCGCGCCGAGAAGAUCCGCAGUAUUCCGGAGGUGGAGAAGAUGAAGCUCCUCGAGGAGCAACUUGCCAUCGUAUAUGGCAAAGACCAACGCAUCAUCACGUACGCCACACGAGGAGGUAGUGUCCUCAAUUUUGCCGCCAUGAUCCGUCAGUCUAUAUCUUAUGUCGAAAGAUCCCCGCUGAUGGCAACAGCCGAUUCAGAGAUGAACGAGAUCAGUGAGGCGAGGUGGACAGCCCCCGGCUCCACAGCUGCCUUGGUCAAGUCCUUCUCCAGUUUCCCCAAGGCUUGGCAGGACUUGCUUUCCCUCUCCGAGGAGGACGAAUUGAGAGUGUACCAGCUUCGCGAUCAGUUCGCGAUGGAUCACUGGGUUAAAGGGCGCGCAAUCAUCAUCGGCGAUGCCGCUCACGCCUGUCUCCCCUACCAAGGCCAGGGCGCUUCCCAAGCGGUCGAAGAUGCUGAGGCACUCGCUACCUACCUACGCGGAGUUGGCCCUGAAGGAGUGCAUGAUGCUCUCAUCAAGGUCUUCAAGGUUCGCUACAAGCGGGCCACCUAUGCCCAAGAGAUUUCGCGCAAGACUGGCCUCUAUAAACACAAGGGGGACGAGCCGGAGCCGCCGUACAAGGUACUCGACCCGAACGAGCCAAUUGACAAGGCCGGCAUCCUCGCAUUCUUUUGGGACUAUCACGGCGCUGCUGACUGGGUGAAGCGCAAGCCGGAAUGGAUUCUCGAGUAG